AUGGCUUUGAUUCCUGAAAGAUCGAUCAAAGACAUGACAUCGCCCGAUCUGAACCAGCAGUCACUGUGCAUUAAGUACUCGAACUUGGAGGUAAACUGUGAAUUGAAAUCUGGAUUAAUUCAUUUACUUCCUACUUUCUGUGGUCUCGCAGGUGAUGAUCCACAUAAGCAUCUGAAGGAAUUUCAUGUGAAUGAUCUCAAGAGGCAGUUUCUUGAGAAAUGUUUUCCUGCCUCAAGAGCCACAACAAUCCGAAACGAGAUCAGCGGGAUUCGUCAAUUCGCAGGAGAGAGUCUUUUCGAAUAUUGGGGAAGAUUCAACCAACUAAUAGAAAGUUGCCCCCAUCAUCAAAUCCCAGACCACCUGUUGAUCCAGUACUUCUACAAAGGUCUAUCAAGCAUGGAUAGGAAACUGCUAGAAGCGGCAAGUGGAGGAGCACUGUUCAAUAAAAUCCCUUCCGAAACGCGUAGCUUGAUUUCGAUUAUGGCGUCCAACAUGCAACAGUUUGGGGUUAGAUACGAUGAUCCACCAAAGAGAAGCAACGAGGUAAGUAAUCUUGAAGAUCGUUUAAAUCAACUCACAUCUAUUGUUGAAAAAGUUGUUGCAGACAAAUAUCAACAAGUCAAAGCGUGUGGUAUUUGCACUUUAACGGGGCACGCUAAUGACAUGCGCCCAACUCUUCAAGAGUCAACCACCGAGCAUGCCGACUCCGUAGGAGGAUUUGUUGGACAACAACACAGAAGAUAUGGUCUUUUCUCCAACACAUACAACCCUGGAUGGAGGGAUCAUCCAAAUCUGAGUUACGACGUGGUGAAAGCAUUAGUGACCAACACACAACAGUUCCAGCAACAGACCCAGACGAGCAUUCAAAACCUAGAUUCUCAAAUCAGUCAACUGGCGUCGUCUGUUGACAAGCUAGAGUCUCAAGGUAAGCUACCUUCUCAAUCUAUUAUUAACCCUAGACAAAAUGCUAGUGCUAUUGUGCUUCGUAAUGGAAAGGAAUUGCAGGAAAAUGUAAACAAAGAUGGCACUAAACGUGGGCACGCUGUGAAAAGAAAGCCGGAAAAGGAAAUUGAGGUCCAACAAGAACAAGCCGAACCAGAAGAGGAUCAUCCGAAGCCUUUGGUAACCAGACCACUUUUCCCAGAAAGAGUUACCAAAGCAAAGAAGAAAGAGGAAGAAAAAGAGAUUUUUUAG